CUGCGCUGGACUGCAACAAGCGACGGUGCGGUGCGGUGCCGGGGGGAGUGGAUUCGGGGUGGUGUGAGGUGGAGGUUGAGAGGUUUUGGGUGAAUGGAUGAUGAUGGGAAGGAUGGCGACAAGGGUGAUGCAUCGUGCGUAGAGGAUGAGUCUACUACGAAGAGGCUGCUUGUGGAUGGCGACAAGGGUGAUGCAUCGUGCGUAGAGGAUGAGUCUACUACGAAGAGGCUGCUUGUGAAGGGCUGCGAAGGGUAUGGGCUGCCAACAUCAUCAUCAGAGCUACGAAUGGUGGAGUGUCACGUGUCCAACGAAAGAGUCAAGUGAUGAAGGGCAACGAAGGGCAUGGAAGGUAGUUUUAGGUUUUUCAAUUCUAAUUUGAUUCAAGACAGCGUACUCAUGAAUGAAUUCAAAAUUUUGCG